AUGAAGGGUACAACAAUUGAUCAUGCUGUUCAAGAUCAAAUCAAGAAGGCAAAAGAGCAUUGGAGGAAGGUAUUACACCGAUUAAUUUCACUUGUGAAAUUUUUGGCUAAACAAAAUAUAGCAUUUCGUGGUAGUAAUGAGAAACUUUAUGAUGAUAACAAUGGAAAUUUUAUGGCUGCUAUUGAGAUGAUUGCUGAGUGGGACUCAGUGAUGAGGGAACAUAUUGAAAGAAAUACACAUCAUCAUUAUCUUAGCCACAAAAUUCAGAAUGAAUUGAUAUGCUUGUUAGCUUCUCAAAUAAAGAGUUCUAUUCUUGAAAUCAUUAAAAAAGGUAAGUUCUUUUCUGUAAUACUUGAUUGCACUCCUGAUGUUAGUAACCAAGAGCAAAUGACUUUAGUUAUAAGAUGUGUUGAUGUUUCUACAAGCCUAAUGAAAGUAGAAGAAUACUUUUUGGGAUUUUUAAAAGUGGAUGAUACAACAGGACAAGACUUCUUUGAAGAACUACAAAAUGUGUUAAAGAGUUUUGAUCUUGAUAUUAAUAAUGUGAGAGGGCAGGGAUAUGAUAAUGGGGCAAAUAUGAAAGGGAGGCACCAAGGCAUACAAAAAAAAUUGUUGGAUAUAAAUCCUAGAGCAUUGUAUACUCCAUGUGGUUGUCAUUGUUUGAAUUUAACACUUUGUGAUAUUGCAAAUUCCUGUGGAAAAGCGAAAGACUUUUUUGGAGUAGUAGAACGGAUUUAUACAAUAUUUUCUCAUUCUACAAAGAGGUGGAAGAUUUUGAUAGAUCAUGUAACGAUAAAAGGUUUAACUCUCAAGCCAUUGUCAAUCACUCGAUGGGAAAGUCGUACUGAAAGUGUAAAAGCAGUGGCACUUCAAGCUCAACAAAUCAGAGAAGCUUUACUUCAAGUUGCAGAAGAAAAAGACACUAACUCUAAAAUAAGAAGUGAAGCUAAGUCUUUAGCAACAUUUGAACUUGAAAAUUUUGAGUUUUUAGUGGGUAUGAUUAUUUGGUAUGAGAUAUUGGGUAAAGUUAAUAAUGUUAGCAAAAGCUUACAAUCUGAAAACAUGCUUAUUGACGUUGCUAUGACCAAGAUUAAGGGGUUAAUUGCUUCUUUUGAAGAGUAUAGAGAAUCUGGAGAUUUGGAUAAGCUAUCAAUAUAG